GCAAAGCCCUGCACGGCCGCGAGGUGGCGCCAUAACUGCAGCAGCGCGUGCCGGCCCGGGCCGCUCCAGAUAAGAGUGUGCGGAAAGCGCGGCGGGGCUGAGACGCGACCAGGACGCGGGGAGGACGGACCAGCAGGACAGACCGACCGGGGGCCCGGCGGGCGGAGGGCAGCGCAGCGCAGCCACGUCCCCCCCUGGAUCCGCCGGCAGCCGGGGCCGGGGCUUCCGACAUGCCCCCCAGGAGAGUGUGCUGGGCAGACGAUGCUGGACACGAUGGAGGCGCCGGGCCAUUCGAGGCAGCUGCUGCUGCAGCUCAACAACCAGCGCACCAAGGGCUUCUUGUGCGACGUGAUCAUCGUGGUGCAGAACGCCCUCUUCCGCGCGCACAAGAACGUGCUGGCGGCCAGCAGCGCCUACCUCAAGUCCCUGGUGGUGCAUGACAACCUGCUCAACCUGGACCAUGACAUGGUGAGCCCAGCGGUGUUCCGCCUGGUGCUGGACUUCAUCUACACCGGCCGCCUUGCUGAUGGCGCAGAGGCGGCAGCCGCGGCGGCUGUGGCCCCAGGGGCUGAGCCGAGCCUGGGCGCCGUGCUGGCCGCUGCCAGCUACCUGCAGAUCCCCGACCUCGUGGCGCUGUGCAAGAAGCGCCUCAAGCGCCACGGCAAGUACUGCCACCUGCGGGGUGGCGGCGGAGGCGGCGGCGGCUACGCACCCUACGGGAGGCCGGGCAGGGGCCUUCGGGCCGCCACGCCCGUCAUCCAGGCCUGCUACUCGUCACCCGCCGGGCCUCCGCCACCGCCCACUGGCGAGCCGUCCGCGGGCCCCGAGGCCGCAGUGAACACUCAUUGCGCGGAGCUGUACGCCUCGGGCCCCGGCCCGGCCUCCACCCUCUGCGCCCCGGAGCGCCGCUGCUCCCCGCUCUGCGGCCUGGACCUGUCCAAGAAGAGCCCGCCGGGCUCCACGCCUUCCGAGAGGCCGCCAGCCGAGCGGGAACUGCCCCCGCGGCCAGACAGCCCUCCCAGCGCCGGCCCCGCAGCCUACAAGGAGCCCCCGCUCGCCCUGCCGCCGCUGCCGCCGCUGCCCUUCCAGAAGCUGGAGGAGGCCGGCCCGCCUCCGGACCCGUUCCGCGCCGGCGGCGGCAGCCCGGGACCCGAGCCCCCGGGCCGCCCCGACGGGCCCAGCCUCCUCUACCGCUGGAUGAAGCACGAGCCAGGCCUGGGCAGUUACGGCGACGAGUUGGGCCGAGAGCGCGGCUCGCCCAGCGAGCGCUGCGAGGAGCGCGGCGGGGACCCGGCUGCCUCCCCCGGGGUGCCCCCACUAGGCCUGGCGCCGCCUCGGUACCAAGGCAGCCUGGAUGGGCCAGGCGCGGGCGGCGACGGUGACGACUACAAGAGCAGCAGCGAAGAGACGGGCAGCAGCGAGGACCCCAGCCCGCCCGGCGGCCAUCUGGAGGGCUACCCGUGCCCGCACCUGGCGUAUGGCGAGCCCGAGAGCUUCGGUGACAACCUGUACGUUUGCAUCCCGUGCGGCAAGGGCUUCCCCAGCUCGGAGCAGCUGAAUGCGCACGUGGAAGCUCACGUGGAGGAGGAGGAGGCGCUCUAUGGCAGGGCCGAGGCGGCUGAGGUAGCUGCGGGGGCCGCCGGCUUGGGGCCCCCUUUCGGAGGCAGUGGGGACAAGGUCGCUGGGGCUCCGGGCGGCCUGGGCGAGCUGCUGCGGCCGUACCGCUGCGCGUCGUGCGACAAGAGCUACAAGGACCCGGCCACGCUGCGACAGCACGAGAAGACGCACUGGCUGACCCGGCCCUAUCCAUGCACCAUCUGCGGGAAGAAGUUCACGCAGCGCGGGACCAUGACGCGCCACAUGCGCAGCCACCUGGGCCUCAAGCCCUUCGCAUGCGACGCGUGCGGCAUGCGCUUCACGCGCCAGUACCGCCUCACCGAGCACAUGCGCAUCCACUCGGGCGAGAAGCCCUACGAGUGUCAGGUGUGCGGCGGCAAGUUCGCCCAGCAACGCAACCUCAUCAGCCACAUGAAAAUGCACGCCGUGGGGGGCGCGGCGGGCGCGGCCGGGGCGCUGGCGGGUCUGGGGGGGCUACCGGGCGUCCCUGGCCCCGACGGCAAGGGCAAGCUCGACUUCCCCGAGGGCGUCUUUGCCGUGGCCCGUCUCACGGCGGAACAGCUGAGCCUGAAGCAGCAGGACAAGGCAGCCGCGGCCGAGCUGCUGGCGCAGACCACGCACUUCCUGCACGACCCCAAGGUGGCGCUCGAGAGCCUCUACCCGCUGGCCAAGUUCACCGCGGAGCUGGGCCUCAGCCCGGACAAGGCGGCCGAGGUGCUGAGCCAGGGAGCGCACCUGGCCGCCGGACCCGACGGCCGGACCAUCGACCGUUUCUCCCCAACCUAGAGCGCCUCUUACCGGCCCGCCUCGUCGUCGCCGUCGCGUGGUCCCCCUGGCCCGUGUUUCCCAGGGGAAGGCGGCGGCAGCAGCGAGCAGGCACACCGCGCCGGGACAACUGUAGUAGCAGCGGCAGCCUCGCCGCCGUGGCGGCGGCCCCACCUGGCCUCACUGCUUUGUGCCUUAGCCCGGGGUGGGGGUGGGGGUAAAACCCCGG